UGAUGCCACGGUAAUUUACAACCGUCUGUUGCCUUUUUUGUGGACAGGGAACAAGUGCGCUAUCUUCCAACAAGACGAAAAAAACUCCUGACUGGCGUAUUUUUCAGCGAACAGUCCACUGAUGUCCUAUAAAGAUUGAGACGCAGGAAUUCCGUUGAGCACCAUGCGUGAAGGUAGACCAGAUUCAUGGCGUUGUUCCUUUACGUAUUUAGCCCAUUCUAUUGUCGAAAGCGAAUCAACCGGUUCAAGCAAUACCAGUCCCUAUCGCACGGGACGGGAUUCGAAGUCAUUCUACAGGAUAAGUUGUCCAGGUUUGAGCGAAUGUGUUCCCCUGGCGGAAUGUCCCCAACUGUUGCUGGAAACGGCCCGUCAAUGCUACCGGGGCGACUUUUCGCUUUCCUGCGGGGUCAACGAACUGGAGCCACAUGUUUGCUGUCCGCGGAUACAGCAGCAGCAGCCGGGGGUAUUCGAUGACCAAAACACCGAUGUCGGAUGCGGAAAAAGUAUCGUUCAAGGCGACUACUACCACGGACUGGGAGCGUACCCGUUUGUGGCGCGAGUCGGGUUCAAAAAUACCAAAUCGGGGUCAUUUAUUUACCCUUGCUCUGGAUCCAUCAUCGCCCGGCAGAUCAUCCUAACUUCAGCACACUGUGCGCUAGCCAAAGCCGAUAGCCAUCGAUUAUCAUCCGUCCGAAUUGGGGACUACGACACACGCACCGAUCCCGAUUGCGGAAAUACCGGAUUUUGUGCACCGGCUGCCAUCAACCAUGCCGUUAGUCAGAUCGUAGUUCAUCCGGAUUAUGUGGACGGCCAGUACCACCAUGACAUUGCACUGUUGGUGCUCAAAACACCGAUCAAUUAUACGGUGGCUGCACAACCCGUCUGUUUGCACAGACGUCGACAGGACUUAACCGUGAACAGGCGCGUUCAAAUCAUCGGAUGGGGAAAGCUAUCGACCAGUGGGUCCAAAUCACCGGAGCUGCAAUCGCUAGAAGUUCCCUUGACGUCAUGGGACCAAUGCGUAAGAGCAUACUCGGCCACGGGCGCCCUGCAAUCGACCAAGUCCAUCGAGGGUGAGUGGAUGUGCGCUGGCGGUGAAGGUCGCGAUGCAUGCCUCGGCUUUGGGGGAGCCCCACUCAUCAUAAAAGAACGCGGCCGGUAUGCCCAGAUAGGAAUCAUGUCAUUUGGAGCGGAAACGUGCGGUGCACUCAACAUGCCAAGCGUGUACACCUCGAUUGCGCACUACGCGCACUGGAUUGAGUCUAACUCGCCGACGACCUUUGUGUGAAAUAGGUAAUCGCCCUAAUCGGGCAGGAAAAGUCAAUUAGAUAGUCAUAAUGUUAUUUUACAUGGUAUUUUAGUUAUAAUUCAUGAGAAAAAUAUGUUACAAUAAAGUGCUAAUCUCACAAUCACUUCAUCAGGUAUCGUGCUAUGCACAUGAA